AUGGAGCCUUCCAAAGUUUCUUUUACAAUCCGCAGACCUACCCCAGUAUCGAGAGCGGCGUCUUCGGGACCUGAAUCGGAUGCAGGGUCAUCUUUCAAAAUUCCAAAACUUCCGCCUCACAUUCACGGCGAGCCUACACCAAUUGGGAGUCCGUUGGCUCGUAAUCAAGAUUCUCCAGCUCCUCGAGAAGCACACACGUACGAUUCGAGCGACGAAGAAAGUACGAAUGAGGACGAAUUAGUGACGGGAUUCGAUAAAUUUGGAGUUCAGCGUUUGAACGGUGAAAAGAAGGUUGAAAAACCGUUGAUUAUUCCUGCUCUCAAGAAUAAAGACUGGCGCGAGCUUGCUCGCAAGAGACGAGCAGCCACCCAAUAUGUACCGCCGUCUGCCGCUGCUCAAACAGGGAAAGAUGGAAGCGUCGGAGGACUUGGGACUAGGGAUACCAUUAACUCGGGCCCUGUGCUCUCAGGCUUACAAGUGAAGCAGAAGGCUAAUCUUGUAGAAGAUGAGGUUGCCUCUUCUGAAACGGAAGAGGUGAAAAUGGAAAUUGUGGAAGAAGAAACGGACGAUCAAAAGGCUUUGCGCGCUAUCCUUGCGGAGACGUCAGGAGAUUCGCACUACGAUGGGCCCAUGGUCGAUAUCAUUCCGACUCCAAUUUCGGAAGCGGAUGCCCUGAAACAAGACGUGGAAGAACUUCCAGAUGCUGCGACAUUAGAGGACUAUGCCCGUGUGCCCGUUUCUCAAUUUGGGGCCGCUCUUCUCAGAGGAAUGGGUUGGAAAGAAGGAACAGCAGCUACUCGAAAACCUGGCAAAGGUUUGAUUGAACCAUAUCUUCCUGCAUCCCGACCAGCUCUUCUCGGCAUCGGGGCGAAGGAGCAAGAAGUCUAUGACGACGGUAGCAAGAAAAACAGCAAAGCUAAACGUCCAGAACGCCGAUACGUUCCUGUUAUCAAGCAAGAACGGGCAGAUUCUGCUUUGUCUAAGGGAGGCAGUCGGCAGAGGGACAGGUCGCGCUCACCUCGGCGGUCGGCUACAUCGUCUAGGCGGAACUCACCUGAUCGAUAUUCCAGUCGCACCGAAACAGAUGAAAGGCGACGUUAUGAUGAUGACCGUAGACGGGAUACCAGUCGCCGAGGAGAGGAGGAUGAAAGACGGUAUGACAAGUCAAGGGGCGAGGACCGUAAACGCGAUUCUGAUAAAGAUAGGCGCAGGGAUGAAAGGCGCAGGGAUGAUGACGGUGGCCGACGAAGGGGUGACGAUAGAGAUCGAUCUGAGAAAAGACGAGAGGAAACGUACGAUUCUAGCAAACGCAGGAGGGAUUGUUAA